AUGGACAUGAAAGUCCUUACUCACAGCCCCAGCGUGCUGACCAGUCCUGAUCGUCUCCAUAAGAUUUACCGACUGCAAGAGAAGAACAUUUCCACGUACUUGCCGCUCCCCCAGUUCGUCGCCGUCGGUGAUCGGAGCUCCGGAAAAUCAUCUCCGGUUGACGACAUUGAGCGACAAUUGCAAGGUAUUGAAUUCGCUAAGCCGGCGGCCGUGGACACAUCCUCUCGACCUCAACUACCGGCUCAAAAGAGACUGGUGGAAGCACUUACCGCUCCCCUUAGCGACACGCUCGAAGGCCAGUUUCGGCGGAGAGACAACACUAUCAACGCGGUCAGUGCGUAUUGCGUCGUCGAAGAAGGGCAAACCGUCCGCCGCACAAACACAUCGUCAGCUUACCCCAGCGAGCGUGCUGUCAUUGGCGAGCCUCCAGCCGAGAGCCUCUGCAUAUGA